AUGAACAAGGAACUCCGCCAGCCCGAGGGCGAAAAGACCGCCUCCGAGCUCAACUUCGCGCGCGCCGACCCCGAGUCCGGCGGCGGCUCGACGGGAUGGAGCGCCUGGUUCGGCGGGCGGAACACCAAGGUCGGGCCGAGGAUAGCACUCGUGCAGGAGGGCCUUGCGGACGGCUCCGACAGCGACGUCAGCGCCGAUGCGAUCCUGGGCAAGCAGCUUGCCGAGGAGGACGGGCAUGCGAUCAAGUACAGGACGUGUAGCUGGCAAAAGACUGCUGGAUUGCUGUUUUCCGAGUACAUUUGCUUGGCUAUCAUGAGUUUCCCGUGGUCGUAUAGCAUCCUGGGCCUCGUUCCCGGACUGAUCCUCACGGCUGUCAUUGCGUUGAUCGUCCUCUACACAUCUUUGGUUCUCUGGCAGUUCUGCUUGAGGCAUCCUGAGGUGCGCGACGUGUGCGACAUUGGCCAGAUGCUCUUCUGGGGCAAGAAAUGGGCCUGGUACGCCACCGCCGUCAUGUUCAUCCUGAACAACACAGGCCUCCACGUCCUCGUUGGUGCAAAGUACCUCAACACCAUGACCGAGACGGACCCCGUCGUCUGCCGCACCGUCGUCUUCUCCAUCGUUGUCACCAUCAUCUGCUGGAUCUCGUCCCUGCCGCGGACAUUUGACGCCCUCUCCAAAGCCGGAACUGCCUCGGCCGCUUUCACCUUCAUCUCGGUGCUGCUGGCGACCAUCUUUGCUGGUAUCCAGGCGCAUCCCGCCGGCUACGAUCCUCGUACUUCCUACGUCGACAAGAACGGCGUCACCCAGACGGGCGGAAACCCCAUCGUCACCGCCAUUCCCGUCGCUGGCACCACCUUUGUGUCGGGCAUGAACGCCUUCUUGAACAUCAGCUACACCUUCAUCGGCCAGAUCACACUGCCCAGCUUCAUCGCCGAGAUGAAGGAUCCCCGCGACUUCCCUAAGGCUCUGUGGGCCGUCACCAUUGGCGAGAUCAUUGUCUUCAGUAUCGUGGGAGCUGUCAUCUACGCCUACACCGGCAACCAGUACAUGACCGCGCCGGCGUUCGGGUCUCUCGAGGAUGUGUACAAGAAGGUGUCAUUCUCCUUCAUGAUUCCGACGCUCAUUUUCCUUGGUGUUUUGUACGCCAGUGUGUCGGCCCGCUUCCUCUUCUUCCGCUUGUUCAAGGGCACAAAGCACUUGCACGAGCAUACCGUGAUCGGCUGGGGUUCAUGGGCCACCAUUUUGCUCGCCCUCUGGCUAUUGGCGUUCUUGAUUGCCGAGGUCAUUCCAUUCUUCUCCUCCCUGCUGUCCCUCAUGUCCUCGCUUUUCGACUCGUUCUUCGGAUUCGUCUUCUGGGGAGUCGCCUACUUCCGCAUGCGAGGCGCCGACAACCGCGCCGGCGUCCCCAAACCGAACAAGCUUGUUGACCUCUUCUCCAUGGCGCUCAACAUCAUCAUCAUCCUGACUGGCCUCCUGUUUUUGACCGCCGGAACCUACGCGAGUGUCGAGGGCAUUAUUCAAGAAUUCGAGGCCGGCACCGUCGGCAAAGUGUUCGGCUGUGCUAGCAACGGCAUCUGA